AUGCCAGCUUUCACUCUGUACGGGGCUCGUGGGUCUACCAACACCGACCGCGUGCGCCUGACUCUCGCCGAAGGUGGCUUUACAGAUUACGAACUUGUGCUUCUGAACCUGGCAAAAGGAGAGCAAAAGUCUCCUGAAAACAUUAAACGCCACCCAUGGGGUAAAAUUCCCUCAAUCACUUUCCCCGAUGGAUUUACUGUCUAUGAGAGCCGUGCCAUCUGCAAAUACCUGGCGAGAAAGUACUCCAUUCCACUUCUUCCCUCAGCUUCCGACGCUGAAGGCAUGGCAUUGUUCGAUCAGGCCGAGUCAGAGGAAAUGAUUUACUUUGCGGAGCCUGCAGGUCGGAUCGGGUUUGAGAAAUUCGCCAAGAAAUUCAUGGGGCUGCCCCCCAACGAGGCUGUUGUAGCGGACGCUCUGAAGUCGGUCGAGUCGUUUUUGGAUGUUGCAGAGCGCCUCUUACAGCACAAGAACUACAUGGCUGGAAAAGAGUUCACGCUCACAGACAUUAACUACAUCCCUCUCAUUCAAAGGCUAUUCGCAUGUGGGUAUGGGGACAUUAUCAACAGUCGUACCGCCGUGAGUGCUUGGUGGGCCCGCGUCAUCAACCGGCCAGCUAUAGCGAAGCUGUUGGCUGCUGACAAGGAGGCGGCAGCAGCAGCCUUCGGCGCUAGUAAAAAGGAUUGA